GCAUUCCUAUAGGAUUUCUUAGUCUAUAUCCCUAUACCCUUAUGUCAGAUUAAUGAAAUGUAAACAAGGAUUCCCAUGUGUUAAUCACAUGUUGUGAAUAAACAGCCGAUGGUUUGGUUUUCACUGGGCUUAUUUAUUGGGCUUGUCCACCCCCUACUGGUGAUAUUUAACCAUUACAGCUCUUUAGCGUUGCUGGUUACAAAACGCCAAACACGUGGCUUGUGUAACUAAAAAUCAGCUGUUGUUUGGUAACUAUCUAUGGGCGUACGUUCAGCUCGGUGGGUCAGUUUGUGGGAUUAAAACUGUAACAGCAUCAGAGCCGAUACUUUAUCGUCACCUUGCGUUUGAAGAUGCCUCCAUCCGCUGCUCAUUCCGUGGUGACAGAGAUGUUAAAGGACGUGCUGGUGGGUCGAGAGGAUCCAGAGGGGUUCUUUGCGAUGUGUGUGUCCAUAAUGGGGCACCAGGAGACCCGCUCACAGUUCCCGUCCCUCAUCCGGCCUCUGUCCACAGCCAACAGCCAGCUGCACUGCAUCCUCACCUCCAUCUACAAGGAAUAUUUCUCCAAGAUGGAAGAUGAUGAACUGGAACUUGCUUUGGCUCUCUCUCUUCUGGAAAUGAAAGAUCGACAGCUGUCAAUGCCCAGCCAAGAGUCCCAACUCCUGCAGCCUGGAAACAGAGCCAAUAAGAGCAGCUCCAUUCAGCUGGAUUCAGCAUCCGAGUCUCAUCGAAGCAGCCAGGAAGCAGAUGUACUUGACAGGAGAAAAAAUACGCAUUUGGUUCAAAGUGGACCCUGGGGCAAGGAAAGUUCACCUCUCCAAGAAAUGGAGCUUCAGAAGAGUGCACAUCUUGACAGAAAUAAUAAGCAGACCCCUGGGACAGGUCAGACCGUGUGUGUCUCCGGACAGCCUGCCUCAUUUUGGGAGCAAGAUGCAGCAGGAAACAGUAACCUGAGCAUGGGUGAGGGAGAUGUGAAUCAGUCAGAGAAAUCAAAACGAUCUAAGAAUAGACGGCAGCGGCGAAAAGGUAAACAGCUUGUAGGUUUGCCUGGUUCUCCAUCAGCCCCUCCGCCGGUAUUGCUGUGGUUCAGGAGGGAUUUGCGGCUGUGUGAUAACCCUGCACUCUUGGGAUCACUGGAGGUGGGUGCACCUGUUAUCCCUGUCUUCAUCUGGAGCCCUGAAGAAGAGGAGGGACCAGGAAUUACCGUGGCAAUGGGUGGAGCUUGUAAAUACUGGUUCCAUCAGGCCUUGUCUUGCUUUGCUCUAUCCCUAGAGCGUAUUGGCAGCCAUCUUGUUUUUCUCAAAGCAAAUGGAGAGGGCAGUGAGGUUGGAUCUUCACUGCAAACACUUAAGGAGCUUAUAAAGGAGACUGGGGCAAGAACAGUGCUUGCCAAUGCCUUGUACGAGCCCUGGCUGAAGGAGAGGGAUGAUAUGGUGGUUGCAGCUCUGCAGAAAAAUGGUGUUGAAUGCAGGAUGUUCCACUCUUACUGUCUCAGAGACCCUUACUCUGUCACCACAGAGGGUGUGGGCCUCCGAGGAAUAGGUUCAGUGUCUCACUUCAUGAGCUGCUGCAGACAGAACCCGGGGUCGGCAAUAGGGGUUCCCUUGGACCCUCCAGGGUCUCUCCCCACACCUGCCCACUGGCCACAGGGUGUCCCUUUGGACACGCUAGGCCUGGCGCGCAUGCCCCGCAGGAAGGAUGGCACAGUGAUUGACUGGGCAGCCAACAUCAGAAAGUCCUGGGAUUUUAGCGAAGAAGGAGCACAUGCCCACUUAGAGGCCUUUCUUCAUGAUGGCGUGUAUAGGUAUGAAAAAGAAUCAGGCAGGGCAGAUGCUCCAAACACCAGCUGCCUGUCUCCAUACAUUCACUUUGGUCAGCUCAGUCCACGAUGGCUGUUGUGGGAUGCAAAAGGAGCACGGUGCCGAUCCCCAAAGUUUCAGCGCAAGCUCGCGUGGAGAGAUUUGGCUUACUGGCAGCUAACGCUCUUCCCCGACCUCCCCUGGGAAUCCCUCAGACCUCCAUAUAAGGCUUUGCGGUGGAGCAACGACCGUGGACACCUCAAGGCAUGGCAGCGAGGUAAAACGGGCUACCCUCUGGUGGACGCGGCCAUGAGGCAGCUGUGGCUGACAGGCUGGAUGAACAACUACAUGAGACACGUGGUUGCAUCUUUCCUCAUAGCCUAUCUCCAUCUGCCUUGGCAAGAGGGAUAUCGCUGGUUCCAGGACACCCUGGUGGAUGCAGAUGUUGCCAUAGAUGCUAUGAUGUGGCAGAAUGGGGGCAUGUGUGGCUUGGAUCACUGGAACUUUGUCAUGCAUCCCGUUGAUGCAGCAAUGACCUGUGACCCCAACGGCGACUAUGUCAGGAAAUGGUGUCCUGAACUUAAAGAUCUGCCUGAGGACCUCGUUCACAAACCUUGGAAAUGUCCUGCGUCAAUGCUGCGGCGAGCAGGUGUGGUGUUGGGCCAGACGUAUCCUGAGAGAAUAGUUACAGACCUAGAGAAGCAGAGGAAUCAGUCUCUGCAAGAUGUGGCUUUGGUACGUCAAGAGUUUCAACAUUAUGUGGACAAGCGCUCAGGCUGUGACAUGGUGCCUUUGCCCCCGCGCCUGGUCUCAGAGGCUCUGGGGUUAUCGCACAGGGAUGGCGCUGUGGUGGAGGAAGGGAAGCAGUUCCUCUUGCCUGUUAUCACCCGCAUGGAAUUCAAACACCAGCUGGAAGAUCCGGACGCAGACGCGGCAUCAAACCCCUACAACGCUGUUCUAAAAGGGUAUGUGAGCCGCAAGAGGGACGAGACCAUCGCCUUUCUCAAUGAGAGGGACUUUACUGCCAGUGUACUCUAUGAGGGAGCGCAAAGAAAGGAGAGGUUGGAGAGUAAUUAUCGCAAAAUGGAGGGGCUCCCCACUACUCCUUCGUCUCAGGGCAGGGGCAGGGCCAGACGAACUCCAACAACCAAGGACAGAUACUCGAUAGUGCCUGGUGGUGCCGUCAGUUCCCUAAACUCUACCCAGAGGUCAAGAAACGUAAUAGGGUAAAGAUGAUGCAAGGACAUCUUAUUUACUGUGAACUGAAAGACUUGGACAGAGAGAUAAUUUCUCUAAAUUUAUAGCGUGAACAAAAGUAUGCAAGAAAAUUGCAAAAAAUGCUUAUUUUUUAAUAAUGAAUGUACAACGUAAGUUAAGACACUAAGGAAUUUUUUCAGCCUUUUGUACUGACCUUUGGUUUAGGUUUUCCAGUUAGGGGUUAUUUAAAUGAUGUUACACAAGGUGUCAUUAAAGAAAAAGCAUAUAAAUAAAUGACAAAAAAGAAA